AUGGCUGUCCCUCGGCUUCGUACAGGGUUUUACGUCGACGAUUUGGUUUGCGCGUCAGAACCCGACGCCCUUCAAGUGUAUGGCGGCAUUAUUGACAUACUCAAGGAAGCCUGUAUGGACAUACGGAAAUGGACCUCAAAUUCAUCCGCACUUCGCGAGCGGUUUCUGUCGGACGAGGUUUCCUACGACAACGCAUCCGAUGCCUCCUACGAAACGUACGGUGCUCAAGACAUUCUACCUCUCCCGCUUGGCUAUCUCGCACCCUUCAUCAUAACCGUAAAGCUCCUGUUCCAAAAUUUAUGGCGCAAGUCGUUGCCAUGGGACGCUGAGUUCGCGACGGAAGAUCAUGUGGUCUGGGAGAAAUGGAAGGCUGACAUCGAUGCGCUGCACCUGCCGCGUAGCGUCUUUCCGCAGAGCAACGCCCUGCUUGAUGUGCAUUGCUUCGCCGACGCUAGUCCCAAGGUCUACGGCACAACAGUAUACGUUCGCAGUCGCCCGACUAACGGCACGACUUCUACGCAGCUGCUUUUAGCGAGAGCCCGCCUAGCUCCAUUGAAAGAACUCUCGUUGCCGCGUCUCGAACUGCUGGCAUGCCUGCUGUCCACGCGUUUUUACCGCCAUAUCUCGACGGUAGAAGCCAUAAAGGUUGCCCCCAUUCACUUCUGGACGGACUCGAGCAUCGCGCUCCAAUGGAUUCAUUGCGAGGCGAACACUCGCCCCUCUUUUGUCAAGUCGGUGGUGGCAAAAAUCUUAUUGUCUUCACAACCUGAACAAUGGCGGCACUGUAACGGACGCGAGAACCCCGCAGACCUAGUGACCCGCGGCAUCUCCACCAGGUGCCUACGGAACAGCCCGCUGUGGUGGAGUGGUCCUCUUUGGCUGUCCGCAGGCGAUCUCGGCUCUCCUACCCUCCCAGACCCAAAUGUCAACGACACCUGCAUGGCGGUGAGCGCUGCACCGGAAGCUCCCGAUACCGAAGUGGUCGUUCAUCCAGUGUAG